CUUUCAUUCUCUCUAUUUAAACAACCUGCAGCACAAGCGCCAACGAAUCACUUCACCUCCUCGGCGGACAAGAACGAAACCGUGGAUUAAUAUUGCCCACUGGCCACGCAUUAAAGCCAGAAUGACAGAGUUGCAGUCUUCACCACCAAAUGAGGAGAUGAGUCUAAGUGACAUUGAACUGACUGAAUUCUUCACCAUGUUGCAAGAAUUAAACUUCACAGAUGCCGGUUACAACAACUCGCAGGUGGAAGUGCAAAUGUGCUCCACAUCCUUCAACCGUUCUGCUCUCCUCCAUGCUAUGUGCACCCUUUAUGCCUUUAUUUUUGUUGUGGGCCUGGCCGCCAACGUGCUAGUAUUGUGGGUCAACUUGCGCUCGGAGCGUCAUUACCAUGACACACACUUGUAUAUAUUGAACCUAACAGUGGCUGACCUGUGUGUGGUCGCUACUCUCCCGGUGUGGGUGAGCUCGCUGGCACAUGGAGGUCACUGGCCGUUUGGCCAGGCGGCUUGUAAGCUCACACAUCUACUCUUAAGCAUCAACCUUUUCGCCAGCAUCUUCUUCUUGGCCUGCAUGAGUGUGGACCGGUAUCUUUCGGUGGUCCACUUGAGGGAGAUUUCACACAGAAGAGGGCGACAAAUACGACGUUUAGUGUGUGCGGCAACAUGGCUGCUUGCUUUAUUCGCCUCCAUUCCUGACAUAUACUUCCUUCAGUCUGUAAAGUCACAACACAGUAAUUUGACUUUGUGUCAUCCUGUAUAUCCACAGGACAACUCUUUGCAGUGGAUGGUGGGCAUUCAGCUGAGUUUUGUGGUUCUUGGUUUUGUCAUACCCUUCCCUGUUAUAGCAGUGUCCUAUGCACUGUUGGCAAAUGCUCUGGCUUCCUCUUCCUCUCAUUCCCCUUCAAAUAGCGACCAGGAUCGCAGCUUGAGCAGGAAGGUUAUCCUUAUGUACAUAGUGGUUUUCAUAGCUUGCUGGGCACCAUAUCAUGCUGUGCUGUUAGCCGAUGCGCUAGUGAUGCUACGUGUGUUGCCGCUGGGCUGCAGUUCAGAGAAUGGCCUUUUUGUGGCGCUGCACCUUACGCAAUGCCUGUCGCUGCUGCACUGCUGUGUGAACCCUGUGGUCUACAGCUUUGCUCACCGUCACUACCGCUAUGACCUCAUGAAAGCCUUCAUCUUUAAAUACUCCAGACGUACGAGGGUUGGGUUGGCACGACUCCUGGAGGGCUCUCAGGGCACCGAGAUGGAGUACGCAAUGGUGGAAAACACCCCUACGGCUGCGAGCUAGGACCCUCAAGAACA